AUCCGUGUUGGCUGAUUACGUGUAGCUCCCGUACUAGCAGCGCAGCUAGCAUGUCCGACCAGACAGCGCUAAUGAGUGAGUUCCUGUUGACUGCCACGACCAAAGCCACCCGCUGAGGACCCGCAGAACCAAAGGCGAACGUACGGCCGUUAAGAAUUGGAAAACGUCACGGACUUUAUCCAAGUUAACAUGCAGUAGCAGGAUGGAGUCGCCCCAACAGACCAGUUUGGAGCGGUGCUGCCUGGGGACGCCGCUGUGCUGCACAGCCGAGAAGCAGGAUCCGUAGACCGCAUCGUCCCUGGGAGCCACUGAGUCCACACGAACCGCCAACUGCACUCAGAGAGACGCGCGGAAAGGAGCGACAUGUUCGCCAAGCUGAAAAAGAAGAUCGCAGAGGAGGCGGCCACAGCACCUCGGGGUGGCGUCCGUAUACCACGCACCAUCAGCAAGGAGUCCAUCGCCUCCGUGGGGGCCGACUCGGGAGACGACUUUGCCUCUGAUGGCAGCAGCUCCAGGGACGACCUCCCUGCUCAGCUUCUCAGAAGGAAUGACCAGAUCCGGAAGCUGGAGGCCAAGCUCUCAGACUAUGCUGAGCAGCUGCGAAUUAUGCAGAAGACCAAGGAGAAGCUUGAAAUUGCAUUAGAAAAGCAUCAGGAUUCAUCCAUAAAGAAACUUCAGGACCAGAACGAGUGUCACCAGGCCAGCAGAGCCAAGAUGGCGGAGGGGAUGGCUCUAGCUCUGGAGAAGAAGGAGCAGGAUUGGAUGGAGAAGAUGACUGGCGUGGAAAAGGAGAAGGCUUCCCUGGCAGCCCGGGUAGAGGAGAUGAUGCAGCACAGCGUAGCACUCUUCCAGAAAAGGGAUGACCGCGAUGAACUGGAAGGCUUUCAGCAGCAGGAGCUGGCUAAACUUAAACAUAUGUUGCUGAAGAAGGAGGAGGAGCUGAGUCAGCGGGAUCUGCAGCUCCAGCUGAAGGAAGCUGAAGUUCAGUCGGCAAAGCAAGGGCUGUUGGAGGCGAGGAGGAAACUCCAGACUCUGGAACAGCAGCACGAGGAGAGCUGCAGUCUCAACUCCGGGCUUGAGAUAGAGCGAGAGGAGCUGCUGCUGCUCAGAGAGGAAGCAGACCAGCGGAUCCGUGAGCUGCAGUCGGUCCUCCAGCAGGUCUCUGAAGACUUCCAGAAGUCACAGCGCGUGGUGUCCACGUUGGAGACGUCCCUGCAGGCAUUACAGACGGAGCAUGACGCCCUGAAGUUGCAUCAGCAAAAGGCCGCUGUAACGGAGGUGGACAAGGAGCGCUUGUUAUCGGACCUUCAGAAGAAAGUGACGUCCCUGGAGAGACGGCUCCAGGGGAACCUGAGCCAGGACGACCAUCUACAGGAGCUUCUCCAUGAGAAGUGCGGCUUGGAGCAAAGUCUGGAGGAGACCAGAGCGGAGCUGCUGCAGGUUCGGACCGACCACGCUGACACCGUCAGCUCUCUGGAGACUCAGCUAUCCAGAAUGAACUGCAGCCUUACUGAGCUGCAGAACCUCCUCCGACACAAGGACGACUCGUCCAGAGCCUACAGGGAGAGGACGGACACGCAGAUAGCUAGUUUGGAGCAGAAUGUGCAAGAGAGUGAUGAGAGGCUGAAGAGUGCCGAGCGCCACGCCACAGAGAAACAGCGGCACGUGGAUAAACUGCAAGCGGAGUGGAGUGCAGAGAAGGCCUUUCUGGACCAGCAGGUGUGUUUGCUUCAGCAGCAGAGCCAGGAAGAGGCCCGCCGCCUGGAGGACAGCGUCCGCUCGUUACAGGCUGAAAGACAGAGGCUGCACGACAGACUGGCUGAUCUGGAUCAGCAGAGGGACGAGGUAAACUCCGCCCUCAGUCAGCGGACAGAAGAGCUGGAGCAGAGCCGGGCGGAGCUGAACUGUCGGCAGACUGUGAGCACAGAAAUCGCCAAAGCACUAGAAGAAAGCAGGCGCCAGAAGGAGGAGCUGCAAACGCAGGUUGGAGAGCUCACCACAUCGCUACAGACCUCCCUGCAGGACCUUUCCACGGCCACUGAGAAGCUAGCACUGAGCGAGGAAGACGUGCAAACGCUCCAGAAGGAGGUGCAGUGUCAGCAGGCAGCAGCGGUGCAGCUGCAGGAGAAGGUGGAGCAGCAGCGCGCCCAGCUGGAGCAGAUGGAGCUGGACAAAGAGUCUCAGCUGAUCAACCAGACGCAGCAGCUGGACAGCUGCCAGGCGCGGAUCUCAUACCUGGAGGUCGAGGUGGAAACCUUAACGGAGCAGCUGCGCGGCCCUGAGGUGUGCGAGGAGGAUCACAACGGCAGUGUGACGGUGGAUGACCUGGAUCACAUUCAGAAGGUCAACAGAGAGCUCGAACAGCAGCUCUCUGACAAGAAUAAGACCAUCAAGCAGCUGCAGCAGAGACUGGCGGAACUGAAGAGGACACUGCAGAAGGAACUGAAGCUAAAGCCUGAUGCAGAAACUGAAGGGAAGGAGAAAUUUUCCGAAAGCAGAGCAGAAAAAGCAGAGAGGGUUUGUCCAGACCCGCUCCCAACAUCUACCCUCAGCCCCCCGACCUCCAAGACCACGGUGACCAACACCUCAGACCUCAACGACUCGCGAGAAAUCAACUUUGAGUAUCUCAAACACGUCGUACUCAAAUUUAUGUCCUCCAGAGAAGCUGAGGCGUUCCAGCUAAUACGAGCCGUGUCUGUGCUGCUGAACUUCACCCGGGAGGAGGAGGACAUGUUGAAACAAACGCUGGAGUAUAAGAUGUCCUGGUUUGGAUCCAAGCCUUCUCCAAAGGGGACCAUCCGCCCUUCAGUCUCAGGCCCUUCCACUCAGUGGAGCUGAUGCUCCGCAGGAGGAGAUACGGGAACCAAAGAGCCCCUUGAAGAGGAGGAAGCCCCUCUGCAGUCCACGUUGGGCAGCCUGGACGGUGGCUUCCCGCUGUGUGGGGACAUCUUCAGGAGCACGUGACAACUUUAAGAGGACUUUGUUUCCUUGUCAGUGGUCCAGGCAGACUUUUGGCCUAAUAGAAGGUCAACUGGGACACACUAUUAACACUGGAAUUUUGGGAGUCAAAUGUUUCUUCCCUUACUCAUGUCAAAAAUAGGUUUUCGAUUCUGUGAAAACCGCUAAAAGUGAGUUAGCAUGUCAGAAAAUGAGCACAUGAAAGAAAACGGGCUGAUAGCUGUUUUAUUAGGAGGUGCCUCAUUUGUCAAAACACACAAGUCCUUUUUGUUGUUGUUGGAGCAGACAGAUGUGACUUGAUUCAACUGUUUUCACUGGACAAACGGUGCAGUGUUGAUUGCUGAAGGAGGUUUUAGCCUGUUAGCUGGUACAUGUUUAUAUUUAAAUCAUAGAGGGCUUCUUAACGGUUUGCAUUAGUUACAAAGGAUCUAAAUUGGUUUUCAUUUAGACUUGAAUCAUGUGGAAAUGUUGGUGAUCGCAUUGAAAGGGCCGCGUGUUCUGAUGCCCAGCGAAUACCGUUAAUAUAAGACUUUAUUACAAAGCUCUUAGCACAAUCAAAUGAAUCCAUUCCAGGUUGGAGUGUAUGCCCAACAGCACCCCCAAAUUCAAACCUUUUUCGAUUGUCGUCUUCUCUUCAAAAGGACAUUUUCACCAAAUUGCUUCACACUGGGUUUCCACUUGUCUUUUCAAAGGGACUCCUGACGUCGAGUCUGUGCUCCAAGAUCAGAUCCCAUCAACCAGACCACAUGGCGAGGUGGCCUGGCUCACAUUGAGUUCAGGUCCAGUGGGGCGUGGACAGCAUGUGGACAAAAUCCAGACCACAGUGGACUUUAUCUGCUAGGACUGUGUGGAGGAAGAGAAAGCAGCUCAAAGGAUGUGGCACUUUUAUUGUGAAGAGUAACUUCCCUAGUAUAUGGUUGGUGAUUUGGCCUUCUACAAAUACAUAGUUAUAUAUAUAACUAUGGUAGUUAUAUAUAAUGGCAUGUACAAAAAUGUAAUUCAGUUAGUAAAAAGUUCGGACCGGUGUAAUAAUAAAGGGGCUCUGUUGAUGAAGGACAGACAAACGUACUGUAGUUCAACAGCUCAUUUCAUUGGCUGGUAAAACAUAAGGAACAGGAAGUGCUGCUUUGAAAGCUCAGGUCAGGGCAACAACAGUCUGCUACUUGGGGGACAAAGAUGUCACAGGCCAAGCUGUCUGUGCACAGAUUGUCCUUUAAGACCAAUUUAGACUGGACGUGCAUUUGGAUAAUAUAACAACGUGCUUAAAUAAGUGAAUGCAAUGUAAAUGAUGACUGGAGGACAUGCUCUACCUUUACCUGCCUUUACCAAUGUAAAUGAAACUACAUUCCACAUAUCUAUUUAUACGGAGAAAUAUGCACAUACUGUAUGCGUUGAGAACUUUAUAAAUCAGUGGAUGUAAAUGGUUUGAUGUGACCGGUUUUGUGUAUUCAUCACCAUCAUUCAGAACCCAUAUCUGUUUCCUUUACUCGUACCCCCCCCCCCCUCCACUGUCAUCUCCCUGUGAUGCCUCCACAGCACGGGGAGGAUCUGCAUGUUGGCUCCCUGCAGCAGCCUCACUCUUCAUUUCCAAAAGCCAACGGAUUCUGGAUUUGAUAGAAAUGUAGUCACACAGACUCAAACCAAAUGGAACCAUGAAUGCACUUUUUAACCUGCUCUUUUAAACCCUGAAACACAACUGUUCAAUCACUACAGCUUUUACUUUUCAUCCGUGCAAUGGUUUCCUCUCCCAACAUUUAUUAAUAAUAAACCUGAAAUGAUAAAGG